UGUUUCUUUUUGGGUUUUCUAUGGAAACAUGACUUGUGAAAUGGAAAUCAUCACAUUGAAUAGUGGUAGUGGGCGUUGAAGACAUUAUUCUGUUGUGUGAAAGCACUCACAAGCGACUUUAUGAACCAAGACAAUCAAAGUUCAUCUAGUGAAAGCGAUCGAGUUGACAAUAGAGAUUGUCCAUGUUUGCAAGGAGGAGUUUGCAGUUGUGAAGGUUCUUGUGCUUGUCGCAUUGUACAAAGCAAGUUUCAACCUUGGAAGGAUACAGCAAAGAGAAUAAGAGAUGUCGUCAUAUUUCCUCUCAUAUCAGGUCUUAUGCUUGGUUUAGGAACUGUCGUUGGAAGACGAUUAGGAGAAGCCUGGUUCUAUCCUAGGGAAACUUAUGCCACCAAGUGAGCAACAGAUUCGCUUCCUUUUUGGGGUUGGAAGGAACAGGGUCCAAUCUUGUAGACACCAAGAUAAGGUUGGAAACGGAGAGAUUCUCAAAGCGAUGUUUUCAAGAAUGGAUAAAUUAGAAUAUUGUGAAACAUGAUGGUAAUCUUUCUUUUGUUCUUU